UUUCAAUCGACAAAGUCGUGUGUAUGCUUUCGCUCGUUCCGUAAACCGGGAAUCACAAAAAAAAGAAUUGCUGAAAAAAUUAUUUUGAAAGUGCAAAAAAGUUUAAAAUUGUUUAAAAAUUAUUUUUUACAUGUGCUAUUGCUGAUGAGUUGGAUGUAAAGAGCAGUGAGAUUCACUAGUUCUAUAAGUGAUUUUAAUUCAAUGACCUUAAACCGGCUCUAAAAUUUGACUCAAAUGUAAGAAAAUAAAGAGAAAGAUCUGAAUAGAAAAAAAAAUAACAAAAGAAAGAAAAGAAGUGAAGAACUAAGGAAGGGAAUUUAUUUCGAUUAUUUUUUUUGCGUUUCUUGUAAAGAAACUCUCAAUUUACGUUGUUGUGGAUCAAAAGAGAAUUUCUUGUGGAUUAUUUUUGUGCAUGAAAAAAAAUUUAUUUUCCUUUUGGAAUUUUUGUGGAAAAGAUUUUUCACGGCUAUUGAGUGAAUGUAUCAUUUGAAAGACAUCAAUCAACGUUAAUAAAUUACAUUGUCAGUAGGCCAAAAUUAUUUCAAACUAAAGGAAAAAGAGAGUUUGUAAUAAAUUCAGAAAAAAGAGAAUUUCGUCAAAUUAAUUUUGUGUUCCUUUAUGCUCUCUUUAAAAAUGCCGUGGAAUUUGUGAGUAAAGAAAGUUGUUUCAUUCACAAAAAAAGUAAGACACAAAAACAAUCAGUGAAUAAAGUGACAAGUAAAACACAGAAGGGGGAAAAAAAGAGCAAAGGAAGACAUCAAAAUGUUGUCAUACAUGUUGCCUGUCGAGGAAAAAUCACAAACUUCUCGCAACAUAAAUUUAAAUUUAAAUCUUCAAAACACAACAAGUACAAAACUACAUACAACACCAUCAGAUUUAGAUCAUGAUCAUCACGAGCAUGAUGAUGUUGAUGAGAAUACGAAAUUGUUGAGUGCCGAAGCAGCUGACAACUAUAUAGCCACAAACUACACAUCAAAUCGUAAUGGAAAUCUUAUAAAAAAUGGCAACAGUAAAAUUAAUUACAAUAUGAACAUAAGUUUAUGUAAUAAUAAUUUAAUAAACGGUAAUAGCACGAGUAAUGAUAACAAUAAUAUAAAUAAUAUAAAUAAUAAUCAUAAUUUCAAUAAUAGUAAUAAUGUUAAUGCAAUAAUCAAAAACAGUGAUUCCUUAUCAAAUGAAACGAGAAGUGCAGAUGAAAAGGAAACAGACACAGAGCAUAGUGAUUCUGUGGCUACAUCUGAAAAUACUGUGAAUAAUAAUGUUAAUGAUGAAACUAGCAACAAUAAUGGUGAUAGUAAGAAAAUUAUUAAAAUGUCUAAAUUAGGCAGCAAAAAUGUUACUUUAAAAAGAGUCUCCUUUGGUUCGUCAAAAGGAUCAAUGGUUGAAACACUCAUUUUUGAGACGCCUACACCUUUGCCUGAGCACGCAGAACGCGAAUUCUUCUCAUCUGUAAAUGCAACGACAGGAGGACAAGAAACUAAUGGACUGAACGAUAGUGGCAUUGAGCUGCAAGAAGAAUUAGAACGUUCGAAAGUACGUGUAUCAUUUUUCCAAAGCAGCAAACCACAGCAAGUUAGUCCACCUUGCAGUGAAAACACCUCACUUUAUUACGGUGAUAAUUAUUAUAAUAACAAUUCACUAAUUGACUCAUUUCUACACAAUUCGGCACUAAGUGAAACCGAUAGUAGAAUGACGGCUGUAAUACCACCAGAUUUUAAUAGGCAAGUUAGCACCGAUUCAGGAUGGGACAAUCCAUUUCGACCAGAUGGCGAUUUAUCGAGAGAGGCUGAUGAAAUAGUUAAUAUGAUUAAAGGAGGUAAACCAAUUACACCAACCGGUGAUCAAUCAUUAUUAGCAAAUGGAACUCAUGUAGAUGAUAGUCAUGAUGCCAAUGGUACAGCAGUUGUAGACAGUGCGAUGACAAAACUUGAGGCGUCGCCACUUCUCUCACAGCAGAACGGUACAAAAUCACCGCAAAAAACGACAACAGUAAAUGGAGAUGCAACAAAAGAUGCACCACAGACACAAGUAUCAAAUCAAACAGUUCCUGGUCCACAAUCAGCAAGUCACGUGGUGAUUGAUGAAAAGAAGAAGAAGGGCCGAGCAUGUUGUGUGAUUCAAUAGAUGAUGUCAUUUAAUGAACGAAAUGAUGAUAAAAAAUUUCUUCCUUCUUGUAAUUCUUCUCUCUAUUUCUCUGUCAUCUCUUAUGUACUAGUGUAUUGCAUAAUCCUAUUCUACUCUAUGAUAACGAUAUGUGUGGAAGAGACACAAUCUUUGGCAAUUUUUGAGAUGCAGCUUUGAUAAUAUCCAUGAAUAAAUAAAAAAAAUAAAAGGAAAAAAAAAUAUCUGAAAAACAUGGCAGAAACAACAAUAGCAGCAGUGUAUUAAUAUGUAUGAUUUAAUUUGAGAAUAAUUUGACCAGACCGUCAACAUGAAAGUUGAAUUUUAAAGAUCCUUAGUACAGUGAAUCUUCGUUGUAUGACUACAUUCUAGUGAUAAAUCAUGAAAUAUUUAUAAUAAGCAUAGAAAUUGAGUUUGAAUUUACUGUACAAAAAAAAGAUUACACUCAAUAUACACACACAUACAGACAUACCGCAUGCAUGCGAAUCUAUCAAUGCGAAUAAUUAUGAUAAAAAAAAAACAAGAUUUAACAAAAGAAGAGAAAUAUUCAGUCACAUUUAAACGUAUUUACAAUGUCACUCACAUAAUUUUUUUGUUUUUUCUUUCUCUUAUCCGAAGAAGAUAUUGUAUAAUUAAUUAAACUUAUGAUGAAUGUAUCAAAAAUGAAGAAAAAAUAGCAGACAUAAAAAAAGUGAAAAAGAAAAGAUUAUGGCUCGUGUUUAAAAAUAUUUUCAGGAUAUUUUUAUUACAUAAAAAGCAGAUAAAUGUGUGAAAUAUUUGACAGCAUGAUCAUGCAAAAUUGAAUAUGGGAAAUAAAGCAGAAAAAAUUUUGAAUUUUUUAUUUUAGAGAUCCAAGGGUUGGGCACAUAAAACAAACUUCAAUUAAAAUGAAGUGCCAGCCCUUGAUCCCUAAAAUAUUUUUAUCAUUUUAAGUUGUCCACACUUUGGUUGAAUUAAUUUUUCUAGUGAGUAAACGAAUGUUACAGCUAGUUCCUAGCUGAGUCUCAGAAGGGUUUUGAUAAUGUUCAGUAACCAAUUGACUACGAUCACAAAUAUAUCUGCUGAUUGCUUUCCAGCUUUUUUGGCUGACAUCAUCCAGCUUAAAGCGUGUUAAGCAGUUGAAUAAAAGCUUUACACACAAAAAAAAAAUAUCAAUUUACAUGAAAUUUGAGCAGUCAAAUGGUUGAUGAAACAUUUAUGCAGGCUGAUGGUAAUUAGAUUACAAUUUAAAGUAUCUAUAGGGUAUAAAAAGUCUUUUUAUAAAGUUACAGCAUUGUAGACUGUAAGUCCAAUAGAAACAGAAAAUAUGUAAAUUUUACAAUAAUUUUAGUACUUUUGUUAUCUAAGAUCUAUUAUUGUAAAUUUUAAGCUCUAGGGAAGAUUCUGAAUUAAGUUAUUGGAUGGAAUUUGUUGAAUUCUGGAUGAAAAUUUAAAAAUUAAGGUUUAACAUCCUUUUUAAAGUUUCAAAUUUUGUAAUUUAUUUAAUUCAAAGAAAGGAAACCUUGAAAAUAGGAGAUUAUCAACCUAAGUUUACCCUAAAAAUCAACUUAUUGUUUAUAAAUUUUUUUCAUUAUAUUUAAGAUAUUUUGUUGAAAUUUUCGCUAGUUAAGCAAUCUAAAUGAAUAAUACAUGAGUUAUUUUAACAUUUAGGGUAGCAAAACACAAACUUUAUUAUUUAACAUCCCUAAAAACUCUGAAUUAAAGCAAAAACUCAAUUAUACAAUUAUUCAAAAUCCAGAAUUCAACAAAUAUUUGAUAAGAUUUCAAUCAAUUAUCAAAACAAGAAAACAUCAAGAUUUAUUAACCGAGCAAAUAGAAAGCUUUUAUACUUUAAGUAACUGAAUAAAAAAUCUUUUCACUUUUAUCCAUAAAAUAUUCCUAAUUUUAAAAUCAACAAAGAAAUUUUUCUUUUUCUGAUAAAAUUAGAAAAAGAAGAUUUUUCCAUUAUUCAAGCCACAUUCAUCAUUAAAUCAAUCAAUCAUUCAAUCAUUAAAUAAUCUAUUUAUGUAAUGAAUUGAUAGUAAAUACAUAUAUAUACACUCACAAUUAACAUCAAACAUAAUUCAAUAGACAUAAUGAAUCUAGAGACAAUUAUUAAAAUGCAGUAAAUAAUAUUAAAAAAUUAAAAAAAAAUGUUUCUAUUUUCCUAUAAAGAAUGACAAAAUUUACCUUUUAAUCAGAAUGAGACAAAAACAAUUUGAAUUUCCAAUAAAAGUUUAAAAGUAUCACAACAUAGUGCAUCCUGGGUAGUGAGGGAUUUGUGGAUUUUGAUGUUUUAUCAAAGUUUAUGACUAGAUUGAAUCUAUUCUUAAAUAAUUUAUGUUGCAAAUGUUCGAAUAAGCUUUGACUGAUAUGAAGUGUUCCAUUAGGGUGUCGUAAACACGGCAGGGUGCCUAAAAAUUAUUUUACUUGCACAAAAUCCUUAAAAAUCCAACUUAACUUUUUAGUUCCUUUUAAUAAAGUCAUAAAUUAAUGUCAAAACAUCAAAUUCCACUCAAUUCUUAUUUCCCAGAUUCUCAUAAAUUUAUGCAAUGCAAAACCACAUAAAUUUUAAGUGAAAAAAAAAUGUAUUUUGAAGAUUGUAUAAAACUAUUUAAAUGUUAAAAAGUUUAAUUAAAGUAAAAAUAAAAAAUUAUUGAAGUGGUCAAAAAAAAGGUCAAAAUAUUUUAAUACGAGCAUUGUUGAGUCAAAAAGAAGAAAAAAAAUCCAAAUAAAAAAAAAUAAGCAAAAAAUGAUGUGCUUCUUUGUCGCUUUGCAUCCUUCUACCCAAAAAAAAAUCGAAAAUCAUGCCUUCUUAAGGAAAAAAUUUACUUUAUUGAGAAGAUAUAAAAAAAAUUUGUUCAAAAAUUGCUCUUUUUGAGACACACAAAUUAGGUCAAAUUUUUAGAUCAAGGAAAAAUUCUUUAAAUUAUACAACAACAAAAAUUGCAAAACAUACACAAAAGUUGACCAAUAAUUUUAAAAAGAAAAAAUAAUCAAACUCACAUCACUGAAAAGCAUUCACAUUUUUAACAACAAAGCUCGAUUUCUUCUAUUUAUGUAUCCUUGUGACUCAUUAAAUUCUUUCAUUUCAAUUUGUUUUCUAUUGAGCAGAAUUUGUGGUUUUUUCGAGUGGAUUUGGUGAUUCAAUUUUGAUCAGAACAAGUUUCUGCUAAGGUUCUGAACUUAAUAUUCUAGAAGAUAGGAAGCCUGGUUUUGGUUUAAUUUCAGAACGAUUCAUAUAUUAAAAGGAUAUUUCCCAUAUUGACUCAAGAUGUCCAUUGCAAAGUUAGUCCUAAAUUGCCAAGAUCAAGAUGAUUUGAAAGUUGCAAAUUCAAGUCUCACUUUAUUUCACAUUCUCAUUCUAAUUUCAUAUAUACAGAAUGUUAAAUUAGACUAAAUCAUCUUCGUUUAGAGAAUAACAUCGAAUGAAGAAUUUCUAACGACGAUCUUAAGUUUUCAAUCUCAUAAAACCAAAAGUUUCAUGCAGAACAUCAAUAAAGCUUAAAAUCAGCUAAAGUUCUUAUAAAAAAAAUCAUUCAAAAAUCCACAAAACUUGUUCAAUUCUGUUGUCAUGUUCUAUUUCCACAAUCACACAAAAAUCCUUCAUUUUAUAUAACAUUUUUAUUAUAAAUUAUAAGUAAUAAUUGUGAGAAUAAAAGCAUAACUACUACUUUAAGCAUAAUGAAAAAAAUUAGCUUUUUUAAUUACGAAGUGAAGUAAUUAAUAAAAGCUUCUGUGCUUGCGCAUGGAAGUGCAAGAGUAUGUUAAAGUUUAUUAAACUUUACGGAUUAGCGGAAGAAGAAUGGAUGGAUUUUUCAUUUCAUAUUCAGAAGAAAAUUAAAAAAUUUGAUAAAUAUGACAAGAAGCAUACUUGCGGAAAGACUUUAUGUAGCAUUCUGUAGCAAUUUUUUAUUUCGCAGCAUCUAUUGUAGAUUUUUAAAGAAAAAAUGGAAGUAAAAAUUGUAGAAUCAAAAAAAAAAUCUAAAAAUGAUUAAAAAUAAUAAUAAUGAUAAUGAUUCCCUUUUGCAAAUUUAAUGUUCAUGUAUGAAUGGAUAAACAUUUUGUUUGCUAAAGAUGAUAAAAAGAAAUUGAAAUGUAACAGGAACUGUAAGUUUAAAAUUUUUUUAAAAUUUUAUAAAUUAUUGAAAAUUGAAAUGAUUAGCGAAAUUCGAUGAAUAAAAAUUUUGAGAGGUAAAGAAACUAAAAUUAUGACAAAAAUUUCAUAUUUAUUUUUUUGCAUUUUUAAUUUAAAAAUUAAAACAAAAAUUUCCGUUUAACUUUAUGACGAGAUUUGAAAAGAGAAUUUUAAACAUUGUUAAUUUAAUUUAACAAUUUUAAAUCUUUUUAUCAAACCAAAUUCUUAGCAAAUAAUCAAAUUUUCAUCUUUUUGUAAUUGAAAAAAUAAUUAAAAUGAAAGCAGAAACUAAUGAACAGAGAUAAAAAUAAUAAAAACUUCUUUUUGCUAAAAAGUAAUUUAUGUUUUUUUUAUAUUCUUACAAUUUUAUCGUUUUAAAAUAUUUGAAAAAGAAAACAUAAUAAAAAUGAAAAUUUAAAAACUGAUUAAAAUGAUUAUGGAAUAAAGAAAACCUUUAAACCAACAAAAGUAAAAAACUUAUAAAAUCGAA